GGGCGAGUGUUGAAAGACCCAGGACCCAGGCCCAGUGCCUCAAGGGCACCCAGGGGAACCAGGCUGCCCCCAGGUGGCCCAGGAUUGGCCCGGUGUGCCUGGGCCCCGCCCAGCACCGAGCCUCCUUCAGCCCCGGGCCAUUCCACUGGCACUUCUUGGUUGUGUGAGUGACCGACUGGACUUGGUGACUCCUGCAGCUUCAAGCCUCCCCCGAGCAGAAGCAUGGCCAGCACUUUCUCCAAGCUGCUCACUGGCCGCAAUGCCUCUCUGCUGUUUGCCACUCUGGGCGCCAGCACUCUGACCACUGGCUACCUGCUGAACCGGCAGAAGCUGUGCGCUGAGGCCAGGGGCCAGCACAAGCUAUUCCCCGCAAGUGCUGACUACCCCGACCUCCGCAAGCACAACAACUGCAUGGCCGAGUGCCUCACACCAGCCAUCUAUGCCAAGCUCCGCAACAAGGUAACGCCCAAUGGCUACACCCUGGACCAGUGCAUCCAGACCGGUGUGGACAAUCCAGGCCACCCCUUCAUCAAGACAGUGGGUAUGGUGGCUGGGGACGAGGAGUCCUACGAGGUGUUUGCUGAACUAUUUGACCCUGUCAUCAAACUGAGGCACAACGGCUAUGACCCCAAGGUGAUGAAGCAUCCCACGGACCUGGACGCCUCCAAGAUCACCCAUGGGCAGUUCGACGAGCGCUACGUGCUGUCGUCCAGGGUGCGCACGGGCCGCAGCAUCCGCGGGCUCAGCCUGCCGCCCGCCUGCUCACGCGCCGAGCGCCGGGAGGUGGAGAACGUGGCCAUCGCGGCUCUCGAGGGCCUCAAGGGUGACCUGGCCGGCCGCUACUACAAGCUGUCGGAGAUGACGGAGCAGGACCAGCAGCGGCUCAUCGAUGACCACUUCCUGUUUGAUAAGCCGGUGUCCCCUCUGCUCACCUGUGCUGGGAUGGCCCGAGACUGGCCGGAUGCCAGGGGAAUUUGGCAUAAUUUCGACAAGACGUUUCUCAUCUGGAUCAAUGAGGAAGACCACACCAGGGUCAUCUCCAUGGAAAAAGGUGGCAACAUGAAGCGGGUGUUUGAGCGCUUCUGCCGUGGCCUGAAAGAAGUGGAGCGGCUCAUCCAGGAGCGUGGCUGGGAGUUCAUGUGGAAUGAGCGCCUGGGCUACAUCCUGACCUGCCCAUCCAACCUGGGCACCGGGCUACGGGCCGGUGUGCACGUGCGGAUCCCAAAGCUUAGCAAGGACCCACGCUUUUCUAAGAUCUUGGAGAACCUGAGACUCCAGAAGCGUGGCACGGGCGGCGUGGACACUGCGGCGGUGGCGGAUGUGUAUGACAUUUCCAACAUCGAUCGGAUCGGCCGAUCAGAGGUGGAGCUGGUCCAGAUAGUCAUCGACGGAGUCAACUACCUCGUGGACUGCGAGAAGAAGCUGGAGAAAGGACAAGACAUCAAGGUGCCGCCGCCCCUCCCGCAGUUCAGCAGGAAGUGAAGAGUCCCUGUCCCCGUUUGUAACUAGUCUGCCUGCUGGUACGACAGACACGAAGCAGUCUCUACUCUGAGAGUUUCUGUAGACUCGGAAAAAUGUAAAACUGCAGAUCCUGCCUAUCUUUACAAUAAAACUCUCCUUAAUAA